AUGGCCUUUUCGUAUUCAUCGAAGGAAGAGCUAUCUCUGCCGCUGUCUACCGGACACAAAGAGAGCUUCAUAGAGCUCGAUAGUGAAUCUACACAAAUCUAUGAGCUCCCGGCUGAGGAUGUCAACACCGCCCCCAACCAGCAACCUGGAAACAAGGCGCCCAGGCCCAACAAGGCCAGCCGCGCGUUCCGCCAUGCCCAGCUCGCCGUCAACCAAUUCAUCCAACGGCGGCACAGGGCGAACGUGACCCCAAGACGCGACGAUGACGACCGCCUCCCCUUGCCCGUGAUCGAGCUCAUCCUCGCCCACCUCGACAUCCGAGACGCAGCGGCGGAGGAGGACAGCCAGGGCCUCCUCUACGGGGCCCGCGCCCCAGCCAUGCCAUGCCCAACCUCCGCGGCGGAGCUCUACGGCCGGCUCGUGUACUCGCGGGCCGUCGCCCGCCGGGAAUCCUCCCCAUGCUCCCUCGCCUGGCGGCUCCUCGGUUCCUGCGACCCUGCCGCGCGCCACGACCCGGCGUCCUGCGUCACGUGGGGCGAGCUCCCGCGCCUCCUGGGGCCGGUCGCCGCCGAGAUGAGGGCGUGCCUGGGCUACGUGGCGGCGUUCCGGUCGCAGCUGGACCUCAGGGCCGAGGGCUGCGACCACUGGCUCGACCUCUCGCACCUGCGCCUGUGCGUCCUCCGCCUGACCGGGUACUGGCCGCAUGAUGUCGAGCACGACCACGAGGCUUGGGCCUUUGGGCUGCCCGAGGACCUGACGCGCCUGCUUUACCCGCAGGGCGGGAGGUUUGACCACGGGGAGAUGGCGAUGAACCUGGACGAGGUUAUCAUUGGGCCUGGCUGGGAGAGGCUGGUGAAGCUUGAGGGUAUCAUUCGCUUCCAUCAGCGCUAUUGCUCUUAA